AUGAGCAAGCACAUCUUGGAGACCGAUGAAGUCAAAAAAAUCAUAAUUGACGCUGUGAUGGGAGGAAACCACGACAAGUAUUGGACAAGACCUACAGAGUGGCCAAAUGGAAUGAAGUCGGAUAUCUUGUACGCCACUGAUGACAGCAAGGCUAUGCCUCCCGUUCUUGUUGAGGUGCAGCAUGUGGUGGAUGACAAAUUUAUGCACCGUGUCGUUCGAAAUUGUGAAGAGAUCAUCAGCCGAUAUGAUGUUGCACCUACUGUAUUGAUCAUUGCAGUAAGCGAAUGCAGGCUUCAAGUAUUGAAGAGGAUAACUGCUUACAAGUCAAAGCCCUUUUUCUUCAAGCUCCCUUCCUACCCAUGGGCAAACCAGUGCUUGAUCCUCAGCAAAGAAUCAAUCUCUUCACAUGUUAACGAGCCAACUCUGGAUCCCAUUGUCGCUCUUGGAUCUUUUUUUGUGGAUCAAAAACAAUCCUUGGCCGACCAAGUCCAUCGUCGUGACCCGACUAUUCAACAAUUGUACGAGCUCGCCAAACAUAUAUGUAGGAACCAGAUUACAGCCGAGUCAUCUUCAUCAAGUCAUCUUUUGCGUGUUAUCAUGGAUGUCGAAUCACAUUUUCGCAAGGCAAUUGAUGUGCUUAACGAGGAUGUUGCUGAUGGAAGUGCAAAGAGGACCAUUGAUUGUUUGGAAGAAGGGAUGACUGUAUUAAGAGAUUGCAAGCGCCAACACAUGUCAAACCGCCGGUCACCAUCAUCAUCAUCUCAAUCAUCAACAGAUGGCAUACCCGAAUCACCAUCUCAGCCAUCUUCAACAAAUGAAUCAUCAUCUCGUCGACAGUCUACCUCUUCAACAAUUCUAUCAACAAACGGCAACCUCAAUUGGCAAUUUGUUGAGAGGUUCUUUGACCAACUUGGAAACAAAAAGAUGAAUUGGAAACUUUGUUAUGAGGAAGGCCGUCGCAAAGGCCAUUUUAAGAAUUAUUCCAAUCACGAAAGUCUCAAGAACGCAUACAAUCGCAAAAAGUCCAAGAAAAAGUGA